UGCUGAGGUGAGGGGUGUCUCGCCGGGCCCCUCUGGCCCCGCAGGGCUCUUCCCCCACCACCACCCCGCGGGGCCGCCCUCCCUCAUCCCUUGCCCCGGGCCGAGCUGGGGGCGUGGCGGAGCAGCCGGUCCAUGGCCUGGAGGUGGCCGGUGCGGUCGCCGCGGCCCCCGUCGCCAUGGACCUGCGCACGGCUGUGUACAACGCGGCCCGCGAUGGGAAGCUGAAGCUGCUGCAGAAGCUGCUGGGCAGCCGGAGCCGGGAGGAGCUGGAGGCGCUGACGGCAGGGCCCGGCGGGGGCGACGGCCCCGGGAGGGGGAGCACCCCGCUACUGAUCGCCGCCCGGCACGGGCACCUGGAGGUGGUGGAGUACCUGCUGGAUCACUGCGGCGCUCGUGUGGAGGAGGGGGGCUCGGUUAACUUCGACGGGGAGACCAUCGAGGGGGCACCGCCGCUCUGGGCAGCAUCUGCUGCCGGGCACCUGGGGGUGGUGCGCAGCCUCCUGGAUCACGGUGCGUCGGUGAACCAGACCACGCUGACUAACUCCACGCCGCUGCGGGCUGCUUGCUUUGAUGGGCACCUGGAGAUUGUGCGCUAUUUAGUUGGGGAGCGAGGGGCUGACCUGGAAGUAGCCAACCGGCAUGGACACACGUGUUUGAUGAUUUCUUGCUACAAAGGGCACAGUGAAAUUGCACGUUACUUGCUAGAGAAAGGGGCUGAUGUCAACCGCCGGAGCGUGAAGGGGAAUACGGCCCUACACGACUGCGCUGAGUCUGGCAGUCUGGAGAUCCUGCAGCUACUGCUCCGCUCCAAAGCCCGCAUGGAGAAAGACGGCUAUGGCAUGACUCCUCUGCUAGCUGCCAGCGUCACCGGUCACACCAACAUUGUGGAGUACCUCAUCCAAGGAGGGCUGAAGCAGGAAGAGGAGGGGGUUGCAGGGACCCCAAAUGGGACCUGUGCCUCAGGUGGGAGCCAUCAGAGCUGCUGCAGCACUGGCAAGGAAGCUCCUCAGGGCUGUGAUGAAGGCUGUGAGAGAUGUUGUGCCUCAGCUUCCAGUCAGGAUGAGCAGCAGGUCCCUAAUGUGUUCUGCACUCGAGAGGCUGCUGUGGAAGCACUGGAGCUGCUGGGUGCUACGUUUGUGGAUAAGAAACGUGACCUUUUGGGAGCCCACAAGUACUGGCGAAGAGCGAUGGAGCUUCGGUGUGAAGGUGGGCAGUACCUGCCUAAACCUGAGCCUCGGCAGCUGGUGCUGGCCUACGACUAUUCCCGGGAAGUGAGCUCGUUGGAGGAACUGGAAGCCUUGAUUACUGAUCCGGAUGAGAUGCGCAUGCAGGCACUGCUGAUUCGAGAGCGCAUCUUGGGGCCUUCCCACCCAGAUACUUCCUACUACAUCCGUUACCGAGGAGCAGUCUAUGCUGACUCCGGCAACUUUGAGCGCUGCAUUAACCUGUGGAAAUACGCUCUGGACAUGCAGCAAGGCAACCUGGAGCCUCUCAGCCCGAUGACUGCAAGCAGUUUCCUUUCCUUUGCAGAGCUUUUCUCUUAUGUGCUUCAGGACCGCUCCAAAGGCACUUUAGCUACCCACUUGGGCUUCUCUGACCUCAUGGGAGUACUGAGCAAAGGGGUCCGGGAGGUGGAGAGGGCUCUUGUGCAUGGCAAGGACCCAGUAGUUGACUCUGCGCAGUUCACCAAGACACUGGCCAUUAUCCUCCACCUGGUCUUCUUGCUGGAGAAGAUGGAGUGCACCCCAGAGCAGGAACACCAGAAGCGCCAGACUAUCUACCGCCUGCUUAAGUGCAGCCCCCGGGCCAAGAAUGGCUUCACUCUUUUGCAUAUGGCUGUGGACAAAGAUACCACGACAGUGGGACGUUAUCCUGUGGGCAAGUUCCCAUCGCUCCACGUUGUGAACUUGCUUCUGGAGUGUGGGGCUGACCCAGAUAGCCGUGACUAUGACAACAACACCCCGCUGCAUAUUGCUGCCCGCAACAACUGCCCGCUGAUCAUGAGUGCCCUGAUGGAGGCUGGAGCCCAUAUGGAUGCCACCAAUGCCUUCAAGCAGACUGCUUAUGAGCUGCUGGAUGAGAAGCUGCUCACCAAGAGCAUGAUGCAGCCCUUCAAUUACAUCACCCUCCAGUGCCUUGCUGCUCGCGCCCUGGACAAGCACAAGAUUCCCUACAAGGGUUUCAUCCCCGAGGAGCUGGAAGCCUUCAUUGAGCUGCACUAGGGCAGGAGAGCUGAAGUCCCCAGUUUUUCCAUCGCCUGUUUCACCCCACAGAGGUACCAGAUAUCUCCACUGCGCUGUAUCCAGAGAAGGCCACAGCCCCUGCCCUUUUCCCAUGCCAACAGUCUUGUCCUGAGAUGGAAGGAAAAUGGAGAUUCCCUGGGACCUGCUGCCUCUCCCAUUAGUGCUGGAUUAACUCAGCGUUAAGCUUUGGAGCAGCUACACAUCACACAUGUGCUCUAGCCCUUCCCAUCCCAAAUACCAAACAGCUAGGAAUGCAAGUGAGGAAUAAAAUAUCUUCCAACUAAUUCUUUCCCCACCCCCUUGCCAGAUUUGGUACAGUAAGAAUCUAACAGCAGAGUGGCUUGUGCUCUGCUGAGGUAGUUGCCUUGCGUGGCGGUAGGGUUGGGUGUGCUGAGGAUGGGUUUUUGUCUCCCUUGGUUGGCCAAGUAGCAAGUGGUGUUAAAGGCCUGGGAUUUCAGUGCUUGUGCAUAAAGCUGGGUUAUUUUUUCUCUUUUAGAGCCAGGCCCUAUCUAUGCUGCGAGACUUCUUCAACCCUGUUAAGAUGUAGUAAGGUCAGUUCUGGUUAUAUAGUUUCAUCAAUAGAUGUUGGUUUUUAUGAAUGGGGAGGAAAAACUGCUACCUUAAAAACGAAAUACUACUGUGACGUUCAGGCCCUUAGCUUGCCCACUCUGUGCACGUUCAGGCCCUUCUCUGCACGGAGGCCCUCUAGCUCCAGAGGUCAGCAGGGAUUGAGCUGUAUGGGGUGGGUAUGGCCAGGUUUCGGAGCCAAACCAGUGCACUUGGAACCAUCUUUUGAGGAUGGGAGGUACUUGUAGUGUGGGUGGUGCCUGCAGGGUUAUUAAAGCAAGUGAGUGUUGGUGGCAUGCUUGCAUGAGGGUGGUCUGAAGGAAGAAGCAAGAAAGAAAUGAAAGCUAAAGGUGCCUCCUUGUUCUUCUGAGGCUUAUUAGUAUCAGCUGUUGGGGCUCUGUUAAUUACCCCAUUCUGAAAACCUACAUGGAGUGGGUUGUUACCAUCUGGUUUUAGCUUUUAGUUCUUUUUGCAACUUUACUGAAGAUGGUGCUACUUCAAAGAUUGAAUUUGAAAUCUUACUUGGCUACUAUCUGGGGAAGCUCUUCUCUUUAAUUAGGAGCUGGACGCAAUCUUGGUUUUUUCCCCUCUUUAAAUCCAUAGUCUCAGGGUAGGUAUUUGCCUCCAUUAGCAGAACCCUCCUUGGUGGUAACCAGUCAGUGUUGGUAAACAAGAUGCUGUUCCAGCAGUUUCUCUUCUUGCAGGGGGAGUGACUGGGCUUUGGCAGCCUGUGGCUUGUUUCUUGGCCCCAGGCAGAGCAGAAAGCACAGUUGGGGGUGAAGCAGCUGCCUCUGAGCUUUGGGAAAGGUCAGGACUGGGAGAGCAGAACUCUGACAAACAACUGUGCACUAUAUGCUACUGAAGCUUCUCUACUUGUAUUUAUAAGUCAGCAUAUCCAUAUGCCUCAAUAAUCCAGUGCUCUCUGCCCCUUAAAUAUAUUGUAGAUCUGCCAUUACAUUUUUGCUGUGUUAACUAUAACAUUUAUUUAUAAAGCAAGGAGGUUUAACUUUUAUUGAGAUGUAAACUGCAGAGAUAGUUUAGCUACUUGUUUUUUUUUCCUUUUGGCUGAAACCUGAACUAAAUUGCAGGAAUGGAAUUUGUUAAUUUGUGAGCUGACGAGCGCUCUUAACUUUAAAUAAUAAAACAAAAAAUGGCUGCUAGAAUGCAAGUGCCUUGGA